CGAGUCUGCCGGUCUGCUCAGCGCCAAGAUCCUCCAAGUGCUUUUCUGUGGUGCCCGUUACGCGUUUUCGUACAGGCCUUGGUUACAGUGUGCACGAGGAGGCGCACAUGUCCCUUUUCCUUCAAAUGUGGUUGGGCGUUUCUGGUCUCUCCUACAGGAGAAUUCUCGGCUAAAAUUUGUGCUCGUAUUGUGGUAGGACACAUCUGCAAGAUUAAGACUAUGGAAUCGACUGCAGAGAAGAACGAGGAGCGCGCCGAAGCCUUGUCGGACUCUAUCACAGGGCCCUUGAAAGUCGCCGACGGUAUCCAGAAACUCAGGCAAAUUGGGAAAGCCUCAUGCCCACUUUGAGGACCGCUUCCCUGAAAGGAUGGCCGUCUUCACCUUCCUGUCAUAUCCGAGACUGCAUGCACUCUUCCCAGUGAAAAAGUUAUGGACCCCAGGCAGUAAGUGAUGGCCAAACACCCGGUCGCUUUCCCUUCUUUCUACCCUGUCAUAACCUUGUCUGCUUGUCAUCUCACAACUCUUUGUUGCCUUCACCAGGUUCUCUCGGACGUUAAGAACUUAUUGACGUCUUAAUUUUUUUCGUUGUUCCUUUCCUCCUUGUUCUCGAAGCCCCUGGUGACAGCCUCUGGACUGCGACUCCGGUUCCGCGCCUCGCCAGAUCCGCCGCCAGCAUGCGCCAGACUUUCUGGGGCAGGCCGGUCGCUGGCGAUGAUGCGAGUCCGGCAUUUGCAUGCAGUGCUUGCAAAAAUACUGGAUGCAAAGGAAAGGUUUUGCUGAGGUGGACACGGAGAGGACACCAGACACGAUGGAUUUUUCCGCUGUUGGCAGCCGUCGCGGUGGCUGCAGCCUGCCUGCGACCGCGCUUUGCUCAGGCAAGAAGAUUCACCAGCUCGCCGCUUCGAGGUUAUUUGGACACCAUACACAACGCCGGAGUCCGGCGGCCUUCGUUGUUUGCGCAAUCAUCGCCACGGUUCUCAGAAGAUCGUCUGUCCUCGCGUAUUCCUGACUCCAGAACCGUCCCCGUGAAUUCUCGUGCCUGGCAUGUCUACCAAACGACAAAGGUUUGCGAGCCGGUCGUCGCCCGGCCGCCAUUUGAAAACAGUGAAGUUGACCACAAGUUAUCUGCUUUCUUGUUCAGUGCGGGGUCUCUCUGCAAAGACCCUCCUGUUCGGAGGUCAUUCUCUUUUCCAGGUUAUCGUUCUUCUCUCGUAGCCUUCCCUGCUGCGUCUUUCUCCCCCGCCGCUGACUCUCUAGGCUUCCCAACUUCUCCGAUAUUUCCUUCCUCGUUCCCCUCCGUGUCACCCUUCUUGUCUUCUUCUCUGUGGAUGAUUCGAGUCGUCAUGCCGAUUAUACCGACUCCAGAAUCUCUUUGUCCGCCUCGAGCUCCAGUCGUCUACGAGGAGCUGUUGCGGCGCGCAAAUGUGACAGAAGUGAAUUACCUAACCUCUUUGAGGUCCAAGGCAGACGAGAUUCUUCCACUUCUCUUCGACAUUGCUCGUGACCAAGGUCGAGAAAUCUCGCCGGGAAUGACCUUCAAGCCGCAGCAGUUCGAACAACUCAAGCGUUUGCAUGAAGCCCAUCUCCGCGGUGACCUGGAGGCUCAGCUGGCGCGGGAGAAGGAGACGCAGAGCACGCCUGAACAUGCGGAGGACGCGGGGAAGCAACCGGAACCAACUGUCGGAUCGCCGGAGAGCUGGGGCGAUGUACGGCUGGCCCGAAUCGUCUCAAAGCAUUCCGGCAAACAAACGACACGGCGAACGCUGCCAGCUAUGCGAUCGUCUGUGCCGGCCGCUUUCCACCUCAUCGAUGAUCUGUACGGACCCAUCUAUGACAAGAAAGUUCUACUAAAACAGGUCCAUUACUUCCUGGAGCAAGGGAACUACGAAGCUGUGCGGAAGGUACUACGAGAGAACCGCAAUGUGCUGUGUAUGGAAGACGCGAAAAAACUUCUGGAGUUCGCCGCGUCCGUCAUAGAGGCAAAAGAGAAGGCGGCGUUGAUUCUCCGCAUCGAGGCUGCCUGGGAUUCGUAUCGCCAAGCACUCCCGCCUUCCUUCACUCAACAAGACGCCAAAAACCUCCAGUUUCAGCUGGCGCAUCUCUCUGCCGGCGCUGCAUCUGGAACCUCGCCUCCCUCUGAGGUCGGUGACAAAGGCUCUCCCGCGUCACGGCAGAAAAAACGAGAGAAGCAAAUAGACAAGCGAAAGCGACGCGAGGCAGAAGCAGCUCUGCGAACUCAAGCCCAUCUGCUCAAGCGACUGUAUGAAAAGGCGACGACGGAGAUCCGUGGCCUCCAACACGAAGCGGGGCUCCGUGUUCGGGCCGUCUACCACUCCAUUCAUAAGGCUCUCUGGGACCACGGUGCCCUCAAGCCCUACAAAAAGCGACCCGGAAAAAACAUGCAGAGGGCGACGCUAGACGUGGAAGACGUUUCGCCGUACCUAAAGCCACCGCCAGAGGCGACACGCUUGGAGCGACUCGAGGCAACAGAGGCUUUUGCGCGAGCUGUGGACGCUGAGGACUGGAUGGAAGCCUGCAAGAUUCUUCGCACCAAGACACGCCUCCUCAUGUUCAAGAGCCGCCAUAAGUUGCUGGCCAGAUUUCUUGAACUCUAUCAGGUCGUCCACGCGAAGGCGGUGAAACCGCAAUCACCUGAGGGGACCGCAGCCAUAUCGGGAAAAGGAGACGGUGAAGAUUCAGGAGACCUUGAAUCGAAGCCGAGUGGGCACGAGCAGAAUUCGGGAUCAGAUUCAAAGUUUGAGUCAGACGUGGAUGAAUCGACAGCUGAGAGUGGAGAUAAAGCGAAACGGAAACGCCUGACGAGGCGGGAAAAGAAUGCACUUCGGCGAACAUUCACAAAGCCCCCGCUUGGCGGACCGUACUCGGAAAAGGAGCUCACGUUCUUCAGAAAAGUGUGGUGGACGACUCUGAGAAAACCUGCCGUGGUCAUGAAGCUUCUGGAACCCGUUGCCGAAUGGGGUGACGAGGAAGCGAAGAAUCUGUACAGAGUUCAACUUGGUGAAUACCGAGAACGUAAGAGACAGAGGAACAUCCAGUUCUGGCGAGAUCGAGGCAUUGACCUUACGAAGUAUACAAUGGACUUCAGCGACGCCAAAGGGCUUGACUGGCUCCGCCAGAAACAAGCAGAGGGAGCUCUCGACGCGCCUCCGCCAACGCUGUGCAAAACUAAGAAGCAACUGGAAGAGGAGAAGAAACAGGAGCAGCUGGAGGCGGAGCAGCAGAACAGGGAGAAGGAAGGGAACGAAGUGGGAGACGAAACUGAGCAACCCAAAGAGGACGGCAUGAGCGGCAAAGACGACACGCAAGCAGAGCUGCCGAGGACGGAACAGGUGCAGAACACGGAGAUGCGGUAACGAAGGGAGGGAGGGAACUCAGGGGACCUACUGAGGUCAAGAUGAAACAUUGCUUCCCGAUGGGUCACGAGCACCUCGAGCUUGUGCAGGGAAACCGAAGGACAGAAAAAGGCGUCUGCGUACAUCGAUAUCUCACUGGUCCGGUUCUCCUCUAGAGAUAUUUGUAGAUACGCGGACAUUCCGGGUCCUCAUUGGGGAUCGGUCUGUUUAUUUUUCACGUGAACGACAAUGAGCCUGUGUCCACUUUAAAAAUGACACGAGCAGUCGCUCUCCCCGGUGUAGUUACAGAGGCUACUAGCUGAAUUUCUGUGACAGCAACGCUUUCGACAAUUCUUCGGUUGCGCACGAAAUCAAACAGCCGCCUCACCAGCUGCUGUAUGAGGGGUGGGCAGGCACGCGCACGAUAUGGAUUUGCUAUAGCGCUUUCUAUUCCACCUCGAACACCUCGGUGUCAACAUCAGUGCAGUAGAUGUGUAGAAAUGCAAGUCAAGUUCCAUGUUCCGGCUUUCUAAAGAGCCUCAGUGACGCUGUGUUGUGACAAACGCAUAGAGGUGCUUUCCUAAGCGUCCUCAACCAGUGUUUCAGUCGACACAUGUCAGUGUAACAACAUACGGAAUGGUACAAAACACGUCUGGGCUACCACGGGAGGCAGACGGUGUGUCCUCUCCACAUGUUUUCCUUUCACAGCCG